CUUGUGAAAGCGCAGCUCGGCUUCCCCAGUUUUCUUCUUCUGCUACUAAAGUAGCGUUACACUGCAUCGAUCCCCUCCCCUCGGGGUGGCAGGACGGCCCAGGACAUGGCCAAAGGGAGACAAGGGCAGCGGUACUAGUGCUUUGCCGCUAGCCUCGGACAUGUGAAAGAGACAAACAUAGUGCGGCCGGCGAGUCUGCAGUCUGCGGACGUACCGUACGAUGUACACUACACCCCUACCUCUCCGUCCGGUGCCGUUCAGACCCCCCUUCCUCCCACCUCUCUCGUCUGCCACUCACUCAGGGAAGUCAGUGCCAGCCCACCAGCCUCAAGGUUUGAAGGUUCGCUCCCGGCUCCCCUCCGUCUCAUCCAAUCCUCUUCAGCAUGCCUCUCCCGCCGUCCGCCAUGCUUUCGGACUUUUGACUUUUGGCUGCCCCCAUUCCCUUUUGGUUGCUUGACAUUCCAUUGUACAAAGUCGCCAUCUGUCCAUCUACACCACCGCCAUCAAUUCCUUUCCCCUUUCCUGCGUCUCCAUUUUCUCUUGUGUUGUUGGAAGAUAUUGGGGAAACAUCGACAGUGGGUUGGGUAUCACAACGGUAUCGACCGAUCGGACCACCGACCAAACGACUGUGAGCCCAUCAUACGAUUCCGGCCACCGGGAUAUACUUGGUUGCAUCCGGAACCACCACGCCUGCCCUCAACCAAAAGAUAAACCACAAACCACAGCCAGUUUUCGAGCAAGCGGAGGAGAUGGUGUGAGGACGUUUCUUCCGACAAAUCACCCAACGAACGCAAAGCCUCUCCCUCCGUCUCUCUCCUCCCGACUGUUCUGCGCAGCGUCCGCCGCCAUGGCUCUCAUCAACCCAGUCUACGCCCUUAUCGUGCCUUUCCUCUUUCUCUUUACUGUCCCGCUUGCCAUUUUCGCCGGCAUCACAACGACGCUUGCCUUCACGGUUCUCAUCUUCCGAGUAAUACUCGUGUAUUUCGAUCUUGCCCUCUCCCUCCUGCCGUCAUACAUCACCGGCCGCCCCCAGUACCUGUCCUAUGCAUCCAAGGCUCCGGCGUCCGGCAGCCCCUCGCCGUCCCUAACACCCACCCGGCGUUCGGCUUCGCGUCGCACAAGACGUCCAUCUUCAGCGUCUGCCGUCUCCGUCGGCACAAUAACACCCAUUUCAGAGUCGGGCGGCCUUGGCCUCUUCCCCUCUGUCGGAAUCGACCGCGACUACGAAGGCGUCGGCGGCUGGCGGCUAGGAAACGGCAACGACGAUGAGUUGUGGAUGACAAUCAACUCACGUCUCGAGCUGCCUGAUCGCCAAUAUCAACGACACCAUCACCGGACCCCAAGCGGCGGGCCUACCACCCCUGGCGGUGGUGAUGGCUACCUCAUGAUGAAAGGGGGCCGCAACCGGAGUCCGGAAAGCAAUCGUGGCGGCUUCACUGCAAUCGUGUCACCAAACAGCUCCCGGGCGCGCACUCCGACAAACUCACACAUCGCUUUUACGGCGCUUGACGGCAUGGACGGAGACUACUUCCCAUCUUUAUCAUCGCCAAAGGCUGCGAGGAAAGUUGCCGUGGCAUGAGGGGAAGCUUCCGCCCU